CCAGGGACAACCCAUGUCCAGCUUCAUGUGACCUCUCCCUGGCACGCUAGGGAGCCUGAGGGUGACCUACAGGGGCCACAUGCCCUUGGCCACAUCUGUACUGGCCACCCAUGGGCAAGCAUGUGGCCAUGGAACCCCCUGCCUUGGCAAGUUGGGUCAGGAUGUGAUGCAGAAAAUGGGGAUGCCCAUGGCUGGGGUGCCUGUCCUGCCAUCAGAAGAGGAGCCAGUGCCAUGCAGGAGCUGGGAUGAGGCCAUGUUCCAUCACUGGUGACAUGGUCAGGGUGCCACUGGCCAAGGCAAGGGCGGAGCCUGGAGGAGGAUGGAGGAAUGGAUGAAGGUCGGCCCAUCAGCCCCAAAGGCCAGCACCUCCCCACCUGGUUCCCCCCGGUAGGCAGCCCAGUGCCCCCCAGCAAGGGUGAGCAGCAGUUUGUGGCCAGCGCCUGGGCGGUUGCAACACCCCCAGGGUGGGGGGGCCAUGGUGACUCACCCCAGUGGGGCCUGGCCACCAGCAAGGAACCCUGACUCAGGGCUGCGUGCCCAUGCCAUGCUGUGCCCCUCCCUGCCCGCCUCGCCCACCUUAUCUCCCGCCCUUAGCACCUGGCACACCUGGGCCGGGGGGGGGCUGGCGCCAUUCCCCUCCUUUAUGGGGAACAAAGGGCAGGCGAAGGGUUGGCAGCAGGUGCUGCAUCCCUCCCUCCCUCCCUUUCCUCUUCCCUCCCUCCCUCCCAGGGACGCUGUGCCCUCUGCUGUGCCCCACACUGGGGCAGCCAGUCAGCCCAGAGCAGUGGGGCAGUGCAGUGGGCAGUGCUGCCUGCAGCCCUGCUGCCCCAGGCUGGGUGCUGCCUGCGCUCCAGGCACUGGGCUGACCCGCAGCCCCACAGCCAGCUCCUGCCCAGCACACAGUCCAUGGUGAUGGGGGAGGUGGCAUGCCAUGCCAGGGCAUGCUGGUACUGCCCCUCUGCCCGCCUGCCAUCCCUUCUGCCCGCCUGUGGGCUCUUGCACAACCUGGCUCUCUGUGAGCAUUGCUAGGGCUGGGCUGGAGGCCCUUCACUACCCGGCUAGUGUGGGGCUGUUCCCCUUUCUGCUGGCCUCCUGCUGUCAGCAGCACCAGCACGAUGCCCGGGGCCUAUCCGGGGCCAUGCCAGGGUGCUGUGGUGCAGGUGCCCCUGGCUGGGCUGGCGUGGGUGGCCUGGGCGGCUGCUGGUGCCAGCGGUGGGGUGUGGGGCGCGCUCUCUGGGCUGCUAAUUGCUGUUUAGCUGGGGACACAGAGGGUGUAAUUAUGGGGGGGAUUGCGCGAACCUGAAGCCUGGCCAGGGGGGCCCAUGGGUGCCCCAGCCUGGGGGAGUGGAGGGGACCAGGCAGCACAGUCAGCCAGGCUGUUGUCGCAUCCCACAUUCCCCGUGGGACCUUGGGAACCUGCUCCAAGGGUAGAGCAGGACACAGAUCCAUAGGGCCGAGGGGUGGCUCCAGGGCUGGCUGGGCAGGCCGCAGCACGCUCACCCAGCCCAGCCCUGUGGUGGCAGCCCCGCUCCCACCAAGCGCAGGCGCCCUCCUGGCUCGGCUAGGCCGGCCGCGGCCAGCGGGGAGCACCCAGCGCCCAGCGCCCUGCCUUGGGGUGGCACAGAAGGUGAGGGCCCGUGUGAUGCCUUAGCAUGGGGGGCAGGGGCAGGUGGCCUGGAGGCAAUGCCGGUGGCAGGAGAGGGAUGCUUAUGCUAUGGGGUGCCUCUCCUGGUGGUGCUCUCAUUUUCUCCUGUGGGAGUGGGCCAGGGGAUGCCCCAUGCCUGGUUCUGGGUCGGUGCCCCGUGACACAGCACUGGCCACAAAGGGUUAAUGCCGUGUGUGUUCUGGGAAGCGGGGCUGGGAGGUGCGUGACCCGGGGUGUGGGCGUCGACUCCUUUUGAGGUGGGAUCCUGAGCUCAAGUGCAGUGGGGAGCAGGGCCAAGUUCACACAGCACCGUGCCUUCCCCUCCCUGCCGCUCGCAGGCCGCCAGCCCGGCUGCGACGUAGUGCCGAGCCACGCCAGGACACAGGCCAGGUAAGCCACGCACCCGCUCCGCCAUCACUGGUGGGGAAGGUUCCAGGGGGUUGGGGACCCAGCAUGGUACCACUGGGCUCUAAAAAAGCUGGGCCAGCUGCUUCAGUGCCAGCCAAGAGGCUGCUGGGAUGCUGGUGUCGCCUGAGCCCUACGCUGCCUUUGCUCCGGUAGGUUGGGAUGGGAUAGGAUGGGACAGGAAGGGACAGGUGGCGAGAUCUGGGUCACCUUGGCUUGGCAGAGCAGGGCCCACACCCCACAGUCGCAAUGCCAGACAGCCAGACGUGGCGGUAGGAAAGGUUUUGGCAGCAGGAGAGGGCCAGGAUGCCAGCACAGUGCCAGCGGGUCGGGGGAUGGCGUGGGGACUCUGCUUCUUGUCCCUGCUGCAGGUGCUGGGAUUGGCACUGGCAAUGUUGCUGGUCCCGCUCUGCUGUGACAGGGAUGCCUGUGCCCAGCCUCCAUGGCAGCUAUCGUGCUGGGCUGGCACUGGGCCCCCGGCACGGUGCCAGCUGGGUGCUGAGGCAGCCCUAGGCCACAGUGCUCCGACCCCCUUCCUCAGUACCGAUGGCUGAUGUGCCAUGGCGGCAGCAAACGGCUGUGCCUGGGAGAUGCUGAAGGUGCUCGGGCACUGGGAACUCUCCGUGUGAGCUGGCCAGCGGGGAGCUGAGCGGUGCCACAGGGGUUGCUCUCAGUGCUGUGGGCUGGGGGACUCUGUUUAUCCUCUUCCCUCUCCAAACCAUUUUCCCUUUGAAAGAAUAAGAAAAGAAUGAGCAAAGACAAAGGGCAGUGCCGCUUUUCCCACACCCUCCAGCAAUGGGACCCCUGGCAUGUGCCUGCCACAGGGUCACCAGUUUGGCCAGGCCCCAGCUGCCACCUUCAGGGUAGGCAGAGGGGCUGCGCAACCCCCUACCCCGCAGCCACGCCACUGCCCUCGCUGUGCCCACCGGCGCCAGGGCCGCUGCUGCUCCCAGUUGGCUUCAGGCAGGGCAGUGGCGGUGGUGGUGGUGGUGGUGGGGUUGCACAGCCCAGGCACCUGGGCUCCCAUCCCAGCUCCCAAAGGACGAGGGGCCCUGCAGGGCUGGGGGCUGGGGCAACACUGCUCUGCACUCCUCUUCCUGGGUGACUCAUUCUCCCCAGUGUGGCUAUGAAGUCCCUCGACAGCAUUUGUGACUUGUGACCAAAAGCAGCAGCACUUGGCAGCAGCCUGGGGGGGGUCUGUGCUCCCCAGGACCUCUCCCCCGCUUCCCCAUGAGGGAGCAGGUGGGGAGACCCCCCCAGACACCCCAUCCCACCCCACAUCUUCCACUGUCCCCAAGCUGUGGCCAGUGCUCAGCGCAGGCUGGCACUGUGCCCUUGCACAGGGUGCCAUCCUGGCUUGGUGGCAUGGGACACAGCCUGUCCCCCUGCAGGAUGGGUGCUGCAGGGCUGGACCCCCACCCCACUGUGCAUGGCUCUGCUGGGGUGGCCAGGCCCCUAGGAUGGAGGGAGCUGGCAGGUGGAUGGGGCCUGGCCAUGGUUGUGCCAGGCAGCGCGGGCCGGCUGAGGGAUGUCAGGGUGACCCAGGCAAGCAUUGUUUCUGCUGCCAACCUGCCCCGCAUGGGAGCCAGCUCAGUGUGGGGAGCGACUCCCCCCUUUCCUCAGCCUUCUGAGGCUGCUGCAGCUGAAAUGUACCUGGCCACAGCAUUGAUAUAACUGAGAAAGCCCCGGCAUGGCGGGCAUCGCUACCUGCUUUCUCCCGGGCACCAUCUCUGGCAGUGGCCAGGGAAUACUGGGGGGCUGGGGGUGGGUCUGGCCCCCUCACACCUCGUCCCCCCACCGUUUCCUUAUCGCUGCGGUGAUCUCCUCGACGACAGCACCCGCUCAGCAUGUGACUUCGCUCCAGUGAGGAGGAUGUGCGGGGGGGGGGUGUCAGCGGAGGAGCCGUAACGGGUGGUUUGGUGUGAUGGAAAAUCCCCCUCCUGCCUGCCGGCACUGCCACCCCCUCCCACCCUGCCCCAGCCCUGCUGUGUCCGCUGGCAUCUGGCCCAGCGGCUGCUCACGGGGGUCCCAGCUCUGUCACCGGCCUCUGCUGGCAUGUUCUGUGGCAUUGGCAGCACUGAGGCUGUGCCUGCCUGCACUGUGACAUGGUGAGGCUGAUGGCUGUGCCCAUUCCUCAGAGCACCCUGCCACCUCGCUGCAGUAUGACAGGGCCUCAGCUGCUGCCCUGCGCCCAGGCACCCCCACAGACAUGUGUCAGUGGGUGCUGUCAGAGUCCUGUGAGCACCCAGGUGUCUUGUGGGGCUGGAGAUGCUGUGGGGACUGGGGCAGAAGGGAGGCUGUCAUUGUGCCAUUGCUAGGGGAGGCAGCAACAGGGGACACGGUACCACCCCAUCCCGUGACCAUUGCCCGUGGCAGCCCUGGGGAUCUGUGGGGCUCUGGGCCACCCUUGGCAGGUGCCAUGUCCCUGUCAUCCCUCUCCAGCUGCCCAAGCUGUUGCAUGGGGUACUCACCCCCCCCCCCCCAUAAUCCUGCCCCCGCGGCUAAUCCUGCCUAAUCCCACCAGGGGCUGUCGCUGCCUGUUGGCUCCCAGGGCGCUGAUGGUUUAAUCACCCCUAAUCCGCUCACCCCCGCCUCAGCAGGCAGAGGGGACCCCAGCCAGUGGUGGGACGGGCUCCUGCCAAGGAGGGGGGCUCAGCCAUGGGCGCUGGCGCCAGCAUCCCAUCCCAGGCGGUCGGCACUGCCCGGCUCCCAGUUUCAGGGGCGGCUGCUGCCUGCCCUGCCGGUCGGGCCUGCUCGGCAGCGGCUGGGGCGGCUCCACAGCCAGUUGCUCCGGGGCCGUUCCCAGCUGCCUGCCGAGGCAGCCCCAGCUGGCGGCUGCCCAAGCGCAGGGAGUGGCCGGCUUGGGGAUGGGCCCCUGUGCCGGGGGCCGUCGGCCGCACCGCCCCUCCAUGGGCAAGAGGGGGCACGUCCCCCCACACCCGCCCGCCGACGGCACAGUGUGGCUUGGCACCCAUGGUGGGUUUGGGGUGGAUGGGCCUGGCGUGGCUCAGCACUGCCUUGUACGGCUCAGCAAUGGCCAGUGCCACAUGCUGCCAUCCACCAUGGCUUGGCUUGGCAUGGCACGGCUCUGACAGCACCGAGAGUCACAACGUGGCAGUGCUGGUGCCUGCUUCUGCCUCCCUCAAGCUGCAGUCGGCUGGACUCCCAUGCAGGUGUCACCAAGCCAGGCCAGUGUCAGCAAGCAGCCCCAUCUGGCUGCAAGGGCAUUGCCUGUGGCUGUGCAUGGUGUCGCAAGACAGGUUGCAGCCCUGGAGCUGCCUCUGCUGUCUGUACCCUGCCUGCAGGUUGUUGUGGGGUUAUGGGCUCCCCCUUCCCACAGGCUGCAUCACCCACCUCUGCUGGCUCCACAGGAACACGUGGGUCCCUGGUGCUGUGCUGUGAGGACCCUGGUGUGAGUGCCAGCAGUGCUGGGUUAGGCUAAAGCCAAGCCCUGCCAGCCACAGCGUGGGAAAGGCCUGACUGGCGCAGGCUGGGCUUGGCUGGGCGAGGAGUGGCCCCGGGCUUGGGCACAGGGGGAGGGAGGGGGCCCAGUCCCCACCAGGAGCGGGGGCAGGAACCGGCGGCGCGGGUGCUGAUCCUAAUCUGCGGUGGCAGGAAGCGUGGCCCCCGUUCCCAGCCCGGCUGGGCUCCACGGGGCGGCCCCCGGCCCUCAGGGCCCUCUUCCCGGCACUCGCCUGCCCACCCACGCCUGCUGCCGGUGAGGCCCGCGUUCCCAGGAUGGGGGUGGGGGUGGCUGGGAGCUGGUGGCUGUGCCUGGCCUUGCCGGGGGAGCCGGGGGUGGUGGUGGGUGGGCUGACACAGGAAGUGCUGCACCUUGGCGACGUUCAAAGGCACCACGCUGAGAUUUCCCCCUUUGCUGUGGCAGUGCGGGUGGCUGGUGCUGGUGUUAAUGGAGGAAGUGCGGGGGGCUGCGGCGGGAGGGCUGCACCGCCAACCUCGGCAGAGCACAGAGGGGGCUGAGGGCAGACCACAGGCCCUGAGCCUGCCGGUUUAGUGUCCCACUGAAACCCUAGUGUCACCCAGGAUGUGCAUGGAGGGUUCCUUGUGCCCUGGCUUUGCGACAGCAAUGCUCCAACCGCAGUGUUUCCUCCAAGCGCUGUCUCCCAGGUGCUUUGUGCACCGCUCAGGCAGCAUCCUAUCCUUCCCACAGGUGAGGAUGAUGGCCAGCCCAGAGGACGACCUCAUCGGCAUCCCUUUCCCUGAGCACAGCAGCGAGCUGCUGAGCUGCCUGAACGAGCAGCGGCAGCUGGGGCUGCUCUGCGAUGUCACCAUCAAGACACAGGGGCUGGAGUACCGCACCCACCGCGCUGUCCUGGCUGCCUCCAGCCGCUACUUCAAGAAGCUCUUUGCAGGGCCGGGGCCAGGGCAGGAGGUCUGCGAGCUGGACUUUGUGGGGCCAGAGGCGCUGGGCGCGCUGCUGGAGUUCGCCUACACAGCCACGCUGACCAUCAGCAGCGCGAACAUGGGCGAGGUGCUGCGCGCUGCCCGACUGCUGGAGAUCCCCUGUGUCAUCGCUGCCUGUGUGGAGAUCCUGCAGGGCAGUGGGCUGGAGGCACCUGGCCCCGAUGACAGCGACUGUGAACGUGCUCGCCGCUACCUGGAGGCUUUCGCCACCCUCCCCGAGGGUGAGCUGCCUGCCCCGCCACCACCCCGCCCCACCGCCCGGCGCAGCAAGAAGACCCGCAAGUUUCUGCAAGCCCCCGGUGCCCGACUCAACAACCAUGCCGAGGAACCACCCGCUGAGGUGGCUGAGGGCUGCGGCAGCCCCCCACCGCCCCCACAACUGCCCUCGCCCCCCCUGCCCGAGGGGCUGCCCCUGCCCUAUGACAGCUUUGAGCUGCCUGAGGAGGAAGAGCUGCCCCCACACUCCUUCCCCUUCCCCUACCAGCCCCCCCUGUCCCCUGAGGAGGCCACCUCUGACGAUGAUGCCAUUGACCCCGACCUGAUGGCAUACUUGAGCUCGCUGCACCAUGAGUCGCUGACACCUGGGCUGGAUAGCCCUGACAAGCUGGUGCGCAAGCGCCGCUCGCAGAUGCCCCAGGAGUGCCCUGUCUGUCACAAGGUCAUCCACGGCGCCGGCAAGCUGCCUCGCCACAUGCGCACACACACGGGUGAGAAGCCCUUCGCCUGCCAGGUGUGCGGGGUCCGAUUCACACGGAACGACAAGCUGAAGAUCCACAUGCGGAAACACACGGGUGAGCGGCCCUACUCCUGCCAGCACUGCAGCGCCCGCUUCCUGCACAGCUAUGACCUGAAGAACCACAUGCACCUGCACACAGGCGCCCGGCCCUACGAGUGCAACCUCUGCCACAAGGCCUUCGCCAAGGAUGACCACCUGCAGCGGCACCUCAAGGGCCAGAACUGCCUGGAGGUGCGGACCCGCCGCCGCCGCCGCGAUGAGCCGCCCCCACCGCCCGCCGGUCCCCCUGGCCUUGACCUCUCCAACGGGCGGCUGGAGGGGCUGCGCCUCUCCAUCGCCCGUUACUGGGCUCCAGGGCAGCCCGAGGAGGAGGAAGAGGAGCCAGAGGGCGAGGAAGGGCCACAACCGGAUGGCACUGUGCCAGUGGAGACGGCAUAGGGCCGAUGCAAUGGCCGUGCUGUGCCGAGCUGUGCUGUGCCCACCAGGGUUUCUGUUCCCGUUUUUCCCAUCACGGUUCAUUCCCAGUUAUGCAAAGGGGGAAACCCCCCCAGCCGAUUUGCACAAGGGGGUGGGGGGUCCCUACCACCCCCCGCCGUGCCCGGGCCUACCUGGUCAUGCCCAGGUGGCUGAAGGGGGGAUUAGGAUUUGGGUGUCCUGUCACCAAACUCCCCUCGGGGAUGCCAGGACUGGGCAGGGGCACCCAUGGACCGAGACACCCCCCCCCCCCCAGCUGGAGAGAGCCUCCUGUGCUCUCCCCAGUGUGGGGGUACCAACUGCCCUGCGCUGUGCAUAGCUUGUCCCCCUCUCCCCACUCUGAGCAGCCCCCCCCCGGCGAGCCCCCCUCGCCCCUGCACUCCCGGCUGCUUUCUCUUGGUUGCACUAUUCGGGUGAGCCCACCCCGGGUGCGGGGCAGCCCCGUCCCCUCCCCGGCCCCGGCCCCCUUCCGAAACCCCCCGGCCCUGUGGGACCCACCUCCCUGGGGUGGCCGGGCCCCCACGGUCACCCCUCUGCCCUUUGCACAUGCCCCCCGCAGGGCGCAGCCUCCCCGGGGGAGUAGGGGACCGGCACUAUUUGUCUACAAUAAGAGUUUUAUCUAUAUUUAAAAAGAUGAUGUAAUAUAUUCCCUCCCCCGGCCCCUCCGCUGCCACCCGCCAGCGCUGCCCGGCCCUCACAUCUGUCCCUUGCCAUGGGGUGCCGGGAGGGGUGAUGGGGCUGGGGGAGCUCCGCUCCCAUCAUGGCUUUAAAGUGCCUUAUGGUGAACUUGAACCUUUUCGGCUACUUGAACCUCUCUGGUGUCAGGAACCAAACGAACCAUGGGCGGGCGGCCUCCCCGCCCCUCUGGGCCGCCUCUGCCUGUCUGUAUGUCUGUGUUUGUUUGUUUUUUUGGUUUUUUUUUAAACGAAGGCUGCUUGUUAAUAAACGGAGAAGCAGGGA